UUUUCCUCCUCACGAACGCAUCUCAUUGCUUCAUCAUUACCAAAUCAUCAACAUAAUCGUUUCUCUCAAAUUUAGGGUUUUCUCUUUUCUCGAAAGUCUUGCGGUUUUCUGAAUCAUCUCUAUCUGGUUUGAGGGUUUCGUUUGAUAUCUGGAGAAAGGGGUUUCUGGAAACAAGGAGUUCAUAGUUCGCGAUCUAGAUCUAUCGAUCUUCAUUUAUAUAAAAGCGUGAAUGAGAUUAUGAUGGAGUCGAAAGGUGGUAAAAAGAAGUCCAGCAGUAGUAGUUCCUUAUGUUACGAAGCUCCCCUCGGUUACAGCAUUGAAGACGUUCGUCCAAACGGUGGAAUCAAGAAAUUCAAAUCUUCUGUCUACUCUAACUGCUCCAAGAGGCCAUCCUGAGUACCAGCGUGCACCGAUCUUCUUAAUAUAGUUAUAGCUUUCUU